GUAGUCUCCUCCUCUCAUGUGACUGAUCAUAUGAUUGUGACAUCAUCAAAGGUCCUUCAGUCUGUAGGAGCUGGAAAGGACCCUCUACCACUGACAAGAUAAUGGUCCUUUUCCCUACUGAUCCACAAUCCGUGGACCAGGACAAGAACACAUUGGCUGAAAGGAUAUUAAAACUUACCAUUGAAAUCAUCUACCUUGUGACUGGAGAGGAUUACACCAUAGUAAGGAAGACAUCUGAAAAAUGUGGGACACCCAGGAGCCAACCACAUUUACCAAGAUGUGGCAGCAGGACCCAGAGCCUCAUCAAUGUGCCCCUAGCCCAUUCAGUGAUACAUGAAAGAAUGAAUAAUGAGAAGAUCCUAGAAGUCACCUACAAGAUCAUUGAGCUGCUGACAGAAGAGGUUCCUAUCAGAUAUCAGGACAUUGCUGUCUAUUUCUCCAUGGAGGAGUGGGAGUAUUUAGAAAGACACAAGGAUCUCUACAAUGAUAUCAUGAUUGAGAAUCACCAUCCCUCCUCUUUAGCAGAUGGACCAAGUAAGAGAAACGCACCACAAAAUUGUCCCAGUCCUAUCUAUCCACAGGAUUUCCCACAGAACUAUCAGGGUCAAAAUCUGACUAAUACUGGAACCAACUCAAUUGUAGAAGACAUGUAUGCAAUGGGUGAUCAGUUUUGUAAGGAGGACGAAGUUUCAACAGAUAUUAUCCCAGAUGUAUCUUUUAAAAGAAACACAUCCAAAAGUUUUGCCAAUCCACCUUAUGCCAAGCAUUCUCCAGAAGGAAAUAAUAACCUGUGGGAGAAUCAGGAAAAAGAUCUGACCAACAUUAAAGUUGAAGUUAUUGUAGGAGAAGAACAGAUGUAUGCGUGGGAUCAUCAGUCGUGUGAGGGGGACGAGGUUCGUCUAGGUAUUUCCUCAGAUGACUACGCCAGCAUGUGGGAGAGUCACUUACUUAAAUAUCCAGAUUGUAAGGUAGAAGAAAACCAUAUUACAAAAGACACUCAUGAAAAACACUUCAUUACUUCAAAUAUGUCCUCAGUUCUUUACAGCGAAAAUCUACCAUCUGAUCAUUACAGUCAUGAGGAUCCUUCUCCUGGGUUAUUUGAGAUUUCACAAAGUGCAGACCACAAAGAGGGUAAAAUAUUCCCAUGUCCAGAAUGUGGGAAACAUUUUAAAAAACAGUCUAAUCUAUCCAUGCACAGGAGAAUUCAUAGUAACGAGAGGCCUUUUUUAUGUUCAGAUUGUGGGAAAUGUUUCACGCAGAAAUCAGAUCUUGUUAUACACCAGAGAAUUCACACAGGAGAGAAGCCAUUUCCAUGUUCAGAAUGUGGGAAAUGUUUUACCCAAAAAUCAGCUCUUCUAGAACACCAGAGAAUUCACACAGGGGAGAAACCAUAUUCAUGCUCGGAAUGCGGCAAAUGUUUUACCCAGAAAUCAGUUCUUGUCAAACAUCAAAGAACUCAUACAGGAGAAAGGCCAUUUUUGUGUUUUAUUUGUGGGAAAAGUUUCACCCAGAAGUCAAUACUUGUUCAGCAUCAAAGAACUCAUACAGGAGAAAGGCCAUUUUCAUGUUCGGAGUGUGGGAAAUGUUUCAACAAUAAGUAUGGUCUUAUUAUCCAUGAGAGAACUCAUACAGGGGAAAAGCCAUUUUCAUGUUCUGAAUGUGGAAAAAGUUUCAAAAAGAAAUCUAAUCUUAAUAAACAUGAACAAAUUCACAGACAUGAGAAGCCAUUUUCAUGCUCACAUUGUGGGAAAUGUUUCACAGAGAAAUCACAACUUAAUAAACAUCUAAGAACUCACACAGGAGAGAAGCCAUUUUCAUGUUCAGAAUGUGGAAAAUGUUUUACCCAGAACUCACAUCUUAGGAACCAUCACAGGGUUCAUACUGGGUAUAAUUAUCUUCAAAAACUCUGACUUUACACAAAUUGUUAAAGAAUAUUAUAAUAAAGAGUAUA